CGAUCGUCUGCGCAUAGGGAUGAGCAGGUACCCGAUCCUCCUCAUCCCCGAUCUUCACGUAUCCGCGGAACGGAUGGCCAAGAGAGGACGAUUCCGGCAUGGUCCUCGGAGAUGAGCAGACCCCGACCCAGGCUCCUGGCCCGCUGCGGCCGGCGGGACAGAUAGAAGCAGUCCAAAUAUGACCAAACUCUACGAAUUCAACUGGCAACGGCCGGUGCCUCCGGCCCUGCUCAAAGGAUGCAUCUUCGACCGCUGGGAAGAGGAAAAAGAACAAGCUGCCUACGAACCCAAUGCCCUCUUUAAAGUAGAUGAAUAUGGUUUCUUCAUCUACUGGCGAAGCGAAGGGCGGGACGGCCAGGCGCUUGAACUGUCCCAAGUAAACGACAUCCGAGCCGGCGGAGUGCCCAAAGAUGCCAAACUGCUGGCUGAACUUCAAGCCAAAAACUCCAAGAACAAUCUCGAAGAUGUCAGCCUCACCAUCUGCAGCGGAUCCGACAUGGUGAACAUCAACUACACCCACGUGGUCUGUCCAGACGUCGAGACAGCAAGGGAGUGGCAAGCAGGACUGCGUUAUAUCACCAACAAUAUCAAAGCCAACAACGUUUGCCCCAUGACGUGCUUGAAAAAACAUUGGAUGAAAUUGGGUUAUUUGGUGGAUCCUGACGGCAACUUACCCAUAAAGAGGAUAGCACAAACAUUUGCGUCAGGGAAGACGGAAAAGCUUGUUUACCAAUGUAUAAUGGAAGUCGGCUUACCAAAUGGAAAGAACGAUGUUAUUGACUGUAAAGAUUUUACGUUUGAGAAAUUCCAUCAACUUUACAACAAACUCUGUCCAAGGAGCGACAUUGAAGAACUUUUUAAAAACAUCACACAAGACAAAAGUGACACCAUCACCGUUAAGCAGCUCAUCACUUUUCUAAACAAAAAACAGCGUGACCCGAGGCUGAAUGAGAUUCUGUAUCCCUUCUACGAUGAGAUGAGGGCCAAAGAGAUUAUCACCACUUACGAGAGAAACCAGGAGUUAGCCACUCAAGGUCUUCUGAGCCAGGACGGUCUCAUCCGGUACCUGAUGUCGGACGAGAAUGCGCCCGUGUUCCUGGACCGGCUGGACAUCUACAUGGACAUGGAUCAGCCCCUGGCGCACUAUUACAUCAACUCCUCGCAUAACACUUACUUGACGGGCCGACAGUUCGGAGGAAAGUCGUCCGUCGAGAUGUACCGACAAGUGUUGCUCGCGGGAUGCAGGUGCGUCGAGUUGGACUGUUGGGACGGAAAGGGGGAAGAUGAAGAGCCCAUCAUCACUCAUGGGAAGGCUAUGUGCACAGACAUCCUCUUCAAGGAUGUUAUUGCUGCUAUACGAGAUUGUGCAUUUGUUACCUCAGAAUAUCCAAUCAUUCUAUCUUUCGAAAAUCAUUGUAGCAAAAAGCAACAGUACAAGCUGGCUAAAUAUUGCGAUGACUGUCUCGGUGAUAUGUUGUUGAGAGAACCCUUGCCAGGAUUUCCAAUAGAAACUGGUGUGCCACUUCCAAGUCCAAACGACCUGAAGAAAAAGAUUAUCAUCAAAAAUAAACGGUUGCGACCUGAAGUAGAAAAACAGGAACUGGAACUGUGGCGAAAGGGUCAGCUGCAGAAUGACGAUGAUGACGACGACAAAGAAGACGCGGCACCCGACCUCUCGCUUAUCUCAGAUGACAUCACUCAAGACGGAGUUCCUCUGGAUAGUAUCAAAGAUAUUCCGAUGGCGAUAAAUGAAAAGAAGGUAAGUUUUGUCACCGGCAGCAUCUGCAACGGCGGUUCUUCUUGCAGGGGAUCAACCAAGUCUCCAGACAUAAAGGAAGCUCCGCAGCUGGACGAAGCCAUCGCCAACUACAAGUACACCGGGGCGACAGUUCACGUGCACCCCUAUUUGUCGUCGCUCGUCAACUACGCACAACCCGUCAAGUUCCUAGGAUUCGAUGUCGCCGAAGAGAAAAAUCUGCACUUCAACAUGUCUUCCUUCGCAGAAAAUACAGCUUUGGGUUACUUAAAAUCUCAAGCGAUAGAAUUUGUCAACUACAACAAAAGACAACUAAGUCGGAUCUAUCCGAAAGGUACAAGAGCGGACUCGAGCAAUUAUCUUCCCCAGAUUUUCUGGAACGCUGGAUGCCAAAUGGUAGCGCUCAAUUUUCAGACGCCAGACUUACCUAUGCAGCUCAACCAAGGGAAAUUCGAAUACAACGGAGGUUGUGGGUACCUGCUGAAGCCGGACUUCAUGCGUCGUCCGGACAAGACGUUCGACCCGUUCGCCGAGUCUCCGGUGGACGGCGUGAUCGCCGCGCAGUGCUCGGUGCGCGUCAUCUCGGGCCAGUUCCUCUCCGACCGGAAAGUCGGCACCUACGUCGAAGUGGACAUGUACGGGCUGCCCACGGACACGAUCCGCAAAGAGUUCCGCACCCGGCUCGUGCCCCAGAACGGACUCAACCCCGUCUACAACGAGGAGGCCUUCGUAUUCAGGAAGGUCGUAUUACCAGACUUGGCUGUCAUACGGAUUGCUGUGUAUGAUGAAAACAGUAAAAUGCUUGGCCAGAGAAUAUUACCACUUGACGGCCUGCAGGCAGGCUACCGUCACGUGUCGUUGCGCACAGAAGGAAAUUUUCACAUGUCGUUGGCCAUGUUAUUCAUCAGCAUCGAACUGAAGAUCUACGUACCGGACGGACUGGGAGACUUGAUGGAUGCACUGUCGGACCCCCGGGCCUUCUUGUCAGCGCAGGAGAAGCGCCUGGCCCAGAUGCGGGCCAUGGGCAUCGAGGAAGCGGACAUCCAGACGAAGGACCUGCAGCUUGGAGCCACCAACUCCAUCACCAAGAAGGACGAGGACAAGAAAGAUGAUUUUAAAAUCGAGCCCAUCACGGCGGAGACUUUGAAAGUGGAGAAGGCUUUCCAAAAGCUGAUGAGAAAGCAGCAGAAAGAGUUGGAUUCACAGAGGAGAAAGCAGCACAAGGAGAAAAAUGUCAUCCAGAAGCAACAGUGCUCUGCCAUCGACAAAACGAUGAAGAACAUUAAGAACGACGAUUUUGCGCAGGACCCUCAGAUCCGAGAGCUGGUGCUGGUGCAGAUGAAACAGUGGUCGGCCAUGAUGGAGCGCCAGCGCAAAGAGGAGUGGGAGCUCCUCAAGAACCACCUGCUGCAACAGAGAGAGAUUCUGCAGAGACUCAUGGAGAUGGCGCAAGCGCACCAAAUGAAGCAGCUCGAAGCGAAGUUCGAAAGGGAAAACAAAGAGAUGAAAGGCAAGCAAGCCAAAGUGUCGGUGGAGACUGCCAGGGAAGUGGCCAGUGAUAAGACCCUGCGAAACAAGGCGGAGAGAGAAAGGAGACUACGUGAGAAAAACAGCAACAACACCAAGAAGUUCAUCGAGGAAAGGAAAACCGCCGCCCUCAAGCAGAGCAAGGAGCGGGAAAAGCUGAAGAAAGUUCACGAGAAGCAGCUCCAAGAUCUGGCUAAAGAAACAGAGCAGGCAAUCGAAUCAUACAACCACGCAGAGGCAGAAUACAAACUGGCCGCCAAAGUGGAAUGCUUCAUCUGAGAGAAUCUCUUUUCCUGAAAGAAUAAUCAUUCCUUCCUUCAUGUUUCCAUAGUGACACGAUUGCCUCGAGGGGGAAAAAAAGCAUUUCACAUUCGAAAAUCCGAACUGUGCCAAAUGGACCUGCUGUAGGGAGUCGGUUUUUACGUUGGUUCUUAACGUUAAUCUCUUAGCUAUCAUUUCAAGAACAAUGCACAAGUCACGCAUCAAUUCCAAAUUCUAAAACUUUACUUUGUUCAACUUUUCUCUAAGUGGUAGUGCGCACAGAACGAGAUGUAAAAACAAAAAAAGUGAAAGUUAA